AUGGCGUUGACCAACCCUGUCCUAACACGUAUGCUGUCACCGAGAGGCUUAGAACACCUGAGUUCCUACCUAUCCGCUUGUCGAGAAGACCCAGACCUCAGAUCCUUUGACUCUUCGCUUGACCAACUAAUCAACAAAAUGACCAGCUCGCUCGCCACUCAAGCCAGGACUCAGUAUCUACCCCUAGACUCACUCAUGGAGGUCUACAAGGUUGUAUUUGAACUAAGCCAGAAUAUGGUAGACAUCAUUGAUAAAUUCAAAGAAGAUGUGUGCAAGAACAAAGAGCUAAGUUCUUUGGUUGAUUUGUAUUUAAAAAAUACCAUGGAGACCUUGAAUUUAUUCAAUACCGUGGAUAAGUUCGUUCAGAGAGCCAAACUUAGCCAGCUUAUCAUUCGAUUUGCGGUAAAACAGUUUGAGGCAGAGUCCAAGGACACUGAUGUGGGAGGAAGCAAGAAGAAGUAUGCCAAAACGUUAGGGGAGCUGAAUAAGUUCAAAGCCAGGGGAGAUCCUUUUGGUGAAGAGUUUGUCGCUCAUUACAAAUCUGUCUUCGAGCAGCAGGUUAAGCUUCUGGAGGACUUGUGUGCGCAGAAAGUUCUCAACAAGCUUGAUAAUAAGCUGAAGAAGGUGAAGAAACUGAAGUACUUUUCGAAUGCGUUUUUCGGGACUGCGGUUGCCUCUCUUUUGGUCGUAUCGGUAGUUCCACUCGCAACUAUAGGCGCGCCGGUUGCAACUCCUUUGGGUCUGGCUGCAACUCAUUUCGCUCCCGAUGCAGCUCAGCAUAUUAUAGAUGUAUGGAGAGAGGUCAACGAGAUGUUCAACAAGUACGAGAAAGAUAAGGUGGAGAAGGCACGUAAUGAUUUGCUUCUAUUGAGGAAAGAUAGUAUGAUCAUCAACAAGGGAGCGAUGGAGGCCAUUUGUACCCAAGUCGAGAAUCUAAGAGGGAGGAGGUCGAUGAUUUUAAAGGCUGUGGACGUUGCUCUGGAAAGGGAAGAAGAGCAGGAGGUCACGAGACUUGCGAUGCAAGAAAUCACCAAGAACGUCGAGGAGUUUACUAAGAAAAUUAAGGAAAUUGGUGAAAAUGUGGAUAAGUUCACCAAAAUGAUAAUUUCAGGGAGAUUUCGCGUUCUUGAACACAUUGCCAAUUCAAAGGAAGAGUGGUAA